CGCCAAGGAGACGGCCACGGCGGCGAUGGCGGCCGCUGAGGCGAGCGGGGAUCCGGCCGCGGCCCCCGAGCCCUCGGCGUCCUCCUGCUCCUCAGAAAGUACUUCCCUGGAAGAAGACAAUCUUCCCUAUCCUGAGAGGCUACCGGUAGAUAAAAGGCUUCUAAACUUACAGAUCUACAAACUUCUUCAGUGUGUUCAUGAGAAAGACAAGAAGCAAAUAGAAAAUCUGAUCCAGAAAGGAUUCCCAGAUCUCAUUAAUUACACAGAGCCCAAGGAAGGAUAUAGUGCCUUUCACGUGGCCUCCAUGAAAAAUGACAUUGAAAUGUGCCGCUUCCUGCUGGAACAUGGAGCUCAUCCAAAUGUUCACGACAACAUGGGACGCACUCCAGCCAUGAAGGCAGCUGAACUAGGUUAUGAGGUGAUUUUGGAAUUAUUAGCAAAAGCUAAUGCAGACAUGACUGCUGUGGAUAAUGAAGGGAAAGGUAUUUUGUUUUACUGCCUUUCACCUACAGGACGCCAUUCCCACUGCCUGCAAAUUGCUUUGGAAUAUGGUGCAGAUGUCAACAACUGUACCACUACUGGGAGGUCUGUGCUUCUACAAGCCUGUGAGCAAGCUCAUGAGGUUAAAGAAAUGUGCCUGAUUUUCUUGGAGAAAGGAGCAGAUCCCCAUGCAAAAGACCCGGCCACAGGCCGCACAGCUGUGAUGGAAGCUGCACGGGAAGGUGCUGUCGAGGUGGUGCUGGGUCUGCUUCGGAGGGGAGCUGACGUGAACCUGUUCGACUUUGAAAGACACAGUGCUGCACAUUUUGCAGCCAAAGGAGGCUUUCUUGAGAUUCUGGCGAUUAUUUCAGGUUAUGGUGCAGACUUGAAACUGAUUGCUAUGAAUGGUAACACACCACUUCAUUACGCUGCAGAGGGAGGAUUUACAGAUUGCUGCAGGUAUAUAGGACAAAGAGGCUGUGAUCCUACAUGGUCAAACCUGGCAAAUCUGACCCCAAGGGAGGUUGCCAAGAGUGGUGGGUUUAAAGCAGCAGCAGCAGUAUUGCGCAAAGCUGAAAAAGCCUUUAAAAAACCAGAUGAGAUCCUUGCCUGGUACCUGAAGGUGUACGACUGGUCCUUGCAGCAUGAGGAUGCCAUCCGCAAGGAAUUUGAGAUUGAUGAAGAAGGAGAUGGGAUGGUAUCCAGAAAUGAUUUUAUGUCAGUCAUUCGGAAGCAGUGGGGCAGUGUGGAUGAGGAACAAAUAGAAAUUCUUACUAAAAAGCAUGAAGUAUCUACUGACAGGAUCAGCCUUGAUGAUUUUUUUAAAGGCUCUAAAUAUUUGCAGAAAACCUUUCUGCUAUCAUCCUUUGGGCCCAAAGCAAAGAAGAAGAAGAAACCACAGAAAAAAAAAGGCAAAAAAGGCCUCCCUGUGCCAAUCUGUGUAAUCCCAAAGAGUGAACGUCCACUUAGGGAAGAUGGCUUCCCUACCUACAUGGUUGAGGCUGUCCCAAACAUUUCUGAAGAGCAGCGUUUCAAACGGGCCCUCCAAUCCGCCCAUCCUGUGCUUGAUGACCGUGCCUGGUACGUAGAGGAGCCAAGGAAAACCCUCAUGGAUAUCAACUACCUGGUCAGAGAAGGAGACUUUGUGUCUCUGCAGAAAGCCUUCGACGAGGCUGUGCCAGUAGACAUAAAAGAUAAAUAUUACAAAACACCUUUGAUGGUUGCAUGUGCAAGUGGCAACAUAGUUCUUGUGGAAUUUCUUCUGGAAAAGGGGGCUGAUGUAAAUGCAACAGACAACUUCCUGUGGACUCCUCUGCAUCAUGCCUGCUAUAAUGGACACCUGGAUAUCGCCAAGGUGCUGGUGAAGGCUGGAGCAGCCGUGAAUGCCCCUGCAAUAGGCGGUGCCACCCCGCUGAUGAGAGCCAUUGAGGCCUGCAGGCUGGACAUGGUCUAUUUCUUAAUCACUACAGGUGCUGAUGUCCAAGCUAUAAACAGCAAUGGAAAGAGUGUUCUUGAUCUUGCUCAAGUAUUUGAAGAUGCUACAAUAAUUGAACUGCUCGAAAAUCAACUUCAAAUUUUGGCAGAAGAACAAGAAAAAGAAGAAGCAAAGCCAGCAAAAGGUGGGAAGCCAAAACCAGCAGAGCCACCGAAGCCUGUGAAAAAAGAGUCUCCAGAUGGAUCUCAGCCAUCUGAGGAAGAACCUGUUCCUGAAAAGACAAAGCGUUCCCGUAAGGACAGUUCUGCUUAUUGGAAAUCUUUGGCCACAAGAGAAAAUAAAAAUGACAUCUCCUUCAGACCCAGAAAAAUAUGGAGCCCUGAUGCCACAGCAAUGGAGCUUGCAGAAAAGCGAGAAUUGCUCUGUGAACGUGCUGCUCUUUGUGGGCACAUGGAAGAUUUUACAACCCUCUUCAAUAGGAAAUUUAAGAAAUAAGCACAGCACCUGGAAAAAGCUACUUCAGCACAAGUUUUGAGAAGACAAAGAUGUAAAAGGCUAAAGGAAUCAUGCAGUGCUCAGUAAAUAUAUCUCAGUUACCAUAAAAGAAAAUCAUGUCACAUUUUUCCUCUAUAGAUUAGGUUGCUUACACAUAGUCUUCUGUUGAGGGCUUAGUCUCAAAAAAUAUUUAUCUUCAUGUGAUUCUAAGUCUUGGAGCUGGCUCAGUAUACUUCCUGGAAUAGCCACUGUUGUGACACAGACGUCCUUGGUAAAGGUGUGGCUUUAUAAGGCUUUCUUCACCCCAACACAAAACUUCUUCUUGGAAGAUACAUUACCCUUCUACUUUAAAUAUAUAGAUAUGAAGAUAGCAUUCAGUAAUUAGCUAAGUCAGCAAUGUUCUGAGUUGUCUGUAGAGGCAAUAGAGAGUUCAGAAUUUACAGCCAGGACUAUCACAGUGCCUAGUGUACUUCUUUAAUGUUCUCCCAUUCAUUUGCCAAAGUGCAUGUGAGACCUGAAACUCCUUCCACCCCAGCAGGCUCAUAUUGUUUUCCUUCUGAUUUUCUGAAAGGAUAAUAAUCUUGAUAUAAUAAUCUGUAAUCCA